UCACGACGAUGGUGUGUUAAACAUUUCUGUGUGCUCGUGUUUGUCUGUCGAUCUCAAUUUUGCAAUACCAAGACUUGUACAUAUUAUUUUAAAUAUAUAACAAUAUAUAACCAGUUUCAGAGUUAAAAAAAUUCUCCCAGCGACUAGUUGUGCGUGCAGAAAGACAGAGCAUCGCGAGCAGCGAAAGAGAGCGAACAUCGUCGGACUCGGAAAGUCGGAAAGUCGGAACUCGAACUGAAAAACUGAGCGUCGUGUGUUGCGCAGGCAAUCUUAAUUAAUUUAUUUACGUCUAUAUUGAUUUUUUAAAGUAACAGCCACAGCCACAGUUAGCCAUAAUAGCCAGCUAGAAAGCGAAGGCAGGCGCAGGGCGGAGCGAAGAGCGCGCGUUUUAAUAGGUAUAAAAUAUAUAAAAAUACACACUAAACCAAACCUGACGGGAAUCUAAAUAUUUCGAGGUUGAAGGUGAAACUGGAGGAGGAAUGGAGCACCUGUCGCACUUGUAUCCACCGCAACUGCCGAAGGGGCGUGGCCGGCCUCGGGCCACUUACGCCCAAACGGGCGAAUUCGAUCUGGGUCUGAUCCGGGAAUACCGAUCGCACCCAGUGCUCUACGAUCGGACUAACAAGCGGUUCAAGGACAAGCUGUAUGUGGCCCAAAUAUGGGAUCAGAUGGCCCACAAGCUGGGCUAUGAUGCCACCAGUUUGAGGGAGCGUAUGACCACGCUGAGGAAUCGCUAUAAUAUCGAGAAGCGACGCGUCGAAAACGGCCUUUCAACACAGGCUUCGCAAUGGCCCCUCUUCGAGAGCCUCCAGUUUCUGGGGGAUCACAUUCGCCCCAGGCGCAGCUUUAAGAACAUGAGCAUGAAGGAGGACGACGAGGAGCCCUACGAGGUGGACGACUGCCAGAGCGACAGCAACGGGCAUAUGGCGAGCGUCAAGGACGAACUGGAGGACGACUGCGAGAUUUUCGAUUGCGAGCAGGCACUGCCCGUGACCACAGUGCUGGGGAUUCCCCUGAACACCUCGGACGAAGCCAACAAGAGCCAGCGCUCCAUGAACGGGGAAAUGGCCAAUGGCAAGGGCUACAAUCACUUUGCGGAAAGCUAUCAGCGACGACAUCAAAACCAGCCGGAGUACAUCAUCAGUAGUCCGAUAAUCAACAAUCCCAAUAAAGGCAUUAAGCGCGGAGCCCAGCCGUCGGACGAUCAUCCGUCGAAGCGCCGGGCAGACGACGGUCUCUCGAUAUCCGGUUUCUAUCCCGCACAGCCCCAGGCUCCGUUGCCGCCGGCGUAUGCCAAGUUCCGGGGAUUCGGCGAGUUCAUGUGCCACUCCCUGUGCGACAUGCCGGCGCCCACUGCCCUGCGUCUGGUGCAGAAGUUCACCCGCGAACUGGUCCAGACCUCCAUUCGCAGCGAGGGCAGCGGCAGCAAACGGAAGCCCGAUCAGGUCGAUCCGGUCGACCAGAGCAGCGAGUCGCAGGAGGAGGACGAGUAGAUUUUAAGUUGCACUUUUUAAUUACGGGUAGGGAUAUUGGCACGCGUGUCUACGUCUAUGCAUAAUAAGCAUAUAAUAGCCGCAUUAAUGACAGAAUUCGAUUACUCCAUAUAUGUUUUAAUUAUACUCUUUUAAGUCUUCUAGCCUCGCAGUAACGGGGGUGGAAGAUCCAAGCAUUUCAUUUAUUAACAUAAUGGACAAAAUACACUUA